AUACGGAGUAUUAUUUAGUAUUUAUGCUAUUUUUUAGGUCUUCUUCUAAAUGCAUACAAAGUCAGUUUCUCAGUGGAAGGCAAUGAAAUGCAUGAAAACUUUUGUUUUCUGCAUAGGUAUACAAAACACACUGCCUAUUGAUGAAUCGACUUAGGUAUAAAUACAAAUCCACUCUCAAAUCUCACCAAAAAAGUAAAGAUUUUGACAACUCCAAUUAUCGUCUCCUUUGGUUCGCCAUCUCUUCUUCAUCAUCUUCCAGUCGGACGUCUUCCUCAUCUUCUUCUAGUCGCCAUCUCCUCUUGAUUUGGACCUGAAUUCGCUAAAUCCACUAAGAAUGAACUCGAGUUACUGUUCAUCGCGGGAACUUGAAUUCCAGAUCCGUUGCUACUCUUGCUGAAUUCAAGGCCGAUUGUUGAGGAAUUUUGAGCGACCUGGUUCAUAUAAACUUUUAUUGAUCAGGUGUUUUCAGAUCCCCACAGCUAGCAAAGGAAUCUCAGAGUUCCACGAUAUACUCAUGGGGACGUGGGAGAAGUUUGAAGCAAGGGAGAUGUGACAGAUACACGUGUUAACGACUGAAUAGUGAAAUGACUCAUGCUACGGUUGCAAGAUUUGAGGUAAAGGAAUGAAAUUAAACAACCUAACAUUUGAGAAUUUUCGAAGCAACUUUUGAUGACAAAGAAACGGGGAAAGGCAUCCAAGAAACUGUUUGCAAGUCAUAUCAACCGGCAGAAGGAAGAAGAGCUCAAAUAGAUCAUAACAGAAACGGAAGAAGCAGCAAGUGUGAAGUGCCGAUUGAAGAUUCGAAGAAACCAGAGACGCAAAAACCGAACAGAAGAAACAAGAUAGCCGAGUGCCGGAGUCGCCGCCUCCACCGCCGGACGCCGCAUCGCUGACCUGCACUCCUCCACUAGGUGGGAGACUUACAUGCAAGAGCUCCAAAACAUAAUAUACAACCUGAGGAAAGGGAACAAAUACCAUCAAGAUGCACCAAAUAGAACCCUCGCUGGUUAGUAAGAAUGGAUGGCUUAUGAACGUGUUAUUGUAGAAUUAGGGUGUGUAGCUGCUAAAAGAGCAUAAUCUAGAUGGAGAUGCAUACUAAACAGAUGAAAGUGUUGAUUUUAUUAUCACUGACACAUGGAAACCAGUGAAGAUGCAUAAUUGGUAGCUAUUAACAAAAUGACAUUAUACAAGUUGUAAAGUAGUUUAAGGUAACAUUUGAUUUAUAUAUCUCACUUUUACUUCAUUUUGGCUUUUCAAUCGCUGAAUAGGGAUGCAUGAACGGACCCCGUCCAUGCUUAUGGCUAUGUUUCUAGCCGAAAUGAAGCGGGGUAGACGGCGUAAUCGGACGUUGCUAGCUCUCGAUGUAGGCACGAAAUGGAUCGGGUUCAGCUUGUUGCAGCUCCCGUCUUACAGCUCUAAGGAGAUGCUUCCAGUCUUGAAGCCUUUACCGGCAGGGCGGCGCGAAGACUACAUCAAGCUCCGUAAGAUUGGACAUUCAAUCCAUGCAUUCGUUGACACACUAAAGAAAAUGGAGGGAUUCAGGCAUUUACGUUAUGCUUUUCGUGAAGAAGAGAAUACAACAUCUGCCGCCUGGUCCAAGUACAGAAAAGAUGGUCCUGUACUUGACCGGAAGGGGAAGCCGACGGGGCCGAAAGCUUCUAUCGACUCCUUUUCUGCGUAUUUUCUCACCAAGUGGGAGCUCACGAUCGCAAUCAAGAAGUGGCUUCAAGACUGGAAGCAUCUCCUUAGAGCUGUAAGACGGGAGCUGCAACAAGCUGAACCCGAUCCAUUUCGUGCCUACAUCGAGAGCUAGCAACGUCCGAUUACGCCGUCUACCCCGCUUCAUUUCGGCUAGAAACAUAGCCAUAAGCAUGGACGGGGUCCGUUCAUGCAUCCCUGCAGCAAAAGAAGUCUACACGGAAACCCAAGAAAUAGGUAUAGUGGGU